UGAAAACCACGAGGAGCCUACGCUCGUGAUUUUAUAUCGUUUUGCCUCAUUAUGAAAUUUUUUAAAAGAGAUCGCAAAGCCUGUUGAGAGUUUAAUCAAAGAAUCGGAGCGAGGAAUUCCAUCUUCACCUUUCAGAAGAUAUCCAAGAAUCGAGCAAAAAUUGGUGUUUUCAUUGAGAGAAAAUGCAGAAUCGAGAAGUGCCUGUAGCUGAUGAUGAAGUUGAGUCUGCUGCAUCCGUUUUAGCAUCUGAAUUCGGCUGGUCAAGUUUUGUGGAUGAUGAUAUAAUGCAGCAGCAAUCUGCAAUCCGGAAAGAGGAGGCUGAGAAAAUACCAUUUGUUGGUGAUAAGGAACCUCUGUCAAGUUUAGCUGCUGAGUAUCAAUCUGGAAGCCCUAUCUUGCUGGAGAAAAUAAAGGUGCUUUCUGGACAAUAUUCUGCCAUUAGACGGACACGGGGGGAUGGGAACUGCUUCUUUCGAAGCUUUAUGUUUUCUUACCUUGAACAUAUUUUGGAAUCGCAAGACCGAGAAGAAGUUGAUCGUAUCAAAGUCAAUAUAGAGGAAUGCCGAAAAACACUUCAGAGUUUGGGUUAUGCAGAUUUUACCUUUGAGGACUUUUUUUCGUUAUUUCUUGAACAGCUGGAUAGCGUUCUUCAAGGAAGCGGGACUUCAAUAAAUCAUAAUGAGCUUGUAACUAGAAGUAGAGAUCAGUCUGUAUCUGACUAUGUUGUAAUGUUUUUCAGAUUUGUUACCUCUGGUGAAAUACGAAAGCGCUCGGAGUUUUUUGAACCCUUUAUAUUAGGAUUAACAAAUGCAACAGUUGAGCAGUUUUGCAAGUCAUCGGUGGAACCAAUGGGAGAAGAGAGUGAUCAUGUGCACAUUACUGCCCUGUCAGAUGCAUUGGGAGUUCCUAUCCGGGUUGUGUACCUUGACCGCAGUUCAUGUGAUACUGGUGGGGUCAGUGUAAAUCAUCAUGAUUUCCUUCCUGUCGCUGCAGACAAUAAUGCUAAAACUACCAGUCCUUUUAUUACCCUGCUAUAUCGCCCGGGUCACUAUGACAUUCUGUACUCAAAGUGAGGCUUUCAACUGUAAUGGAAUUGAGAAUUUUCCUACUGGUAAAUCCCUGUUGGCAGAAAGACUGAUUUCUGAAGGAGAGAAGGCCUUAGCUUGUCGGUUGCACAGUAACAUCUGGUUCUAAACUGAUAAAAAAAUGUUUCUGAACUGAAUGAGAACACAUACAAAGGCACCCAAGAACUUGGGGUUACAAGCCAAUGCAUGUGCAUUUACAUUGUGAAAGAAAGAAAAGCUGUUGAUUUCACGAUGCAUGCUAGAUUGCAACUUUGAAUUUCUUGAUGAGUUUUAAGUUUUGUAGGGAAUUAACCUAGUUUUAAAGCAAAUACCCCAACCCAAAAGAGGGUGAAUAUAACCUAGCCUAACCUGAAAGAGGAUGAAUACAUACGAGUAUGUGUACGCACGUGUCAAGUUAUCAUUUUAAGCAAUCAUUCUAUUUUGAUCGGAUACCAUAUUAGGGUCUGCUGCCACUUCUCAUCAUCCUUGAAGUGUUAGGAGAGGAAAAAAAUCUUUAAAACUAUUAAAAUUUUCUGGCCGACAUCUGAAUUUAGUCAAUUCAUAUCAUGCUGCUCUUGCUGAUAGACUGUUCUUUGUCACAUGACUUGUCAGAUAUCACUUGCUUUUCGGUUUGCAUCAUGGGGUGCUUCUGUUCUUUUUGACUAUUAGUUUGGAUCUUGGUUGCUCUGCAACUGGUUUUGACUGAUUCUAUUCUAAUUCGUUUCUUAUACACCAGUUAUUUUAUUAAUGUAUUCAUAACUUACAUGUUUGGUGCA